AUGAGACACCACAUACUAGGGGUGUACACAUGAACCUUGAACCCGGACAUACAAAUACAUACGUAUAAGAAAGGCCAAGAAAUGUAACAGAUAUAAUUUGAUGCAGCUAGUGUGAUCAUGUUAACAACACAGGCUAGAAACUACAGAGUUAAGAAAACUUAAUUUGAAUAGCAAGUGUAAAUAUUGACGAUAACAGACAAUGGCUACGCCUACCAGGCCAACAAAUACUAAACCAAGUGUUCAAAUCUCAGACACAGAAACUUGGGAGAAAUCCAAACGAUUCACAGUAUACAAAGUUGUAGUGACACAUGCAGGGAAGUCGUGGUUCAUAUUUCGACGCUAUAAUGAAUUCCAUAGUGUAUACGAGAAGUUAAAAAAGGCCUUCCCGGACGCUAAUCUACGUCUACCAGGAAAACGACUCUUUGGGAAUCUUGAUCCCGAUUUCAUAAAAGAAAGGAGAACCGGCCUGCAUGAAUUCAUUCAGACAAUUGUGAAUACGCAGGCAAUAUUGAGACUACCGGAGAUUCAGUUAUUCCUUGGUAUCAAUAACCCCAGGAGAAGUCUAGUGGACGAGGAUGAGACUGAGUCUGUAACUAAUAGUAACGAGAGCGCCCCAGUGAAUUUGGGCCCUACUGAAAAGACGCAUGCCAAACCGAGUGACUUCGAAUUUCUCAAGGUCAUUGGUAAGGGCAGUUUUGGCAAGGUGCUUCUUGCCAAACAUAAGCUAGAGGGCAAGGUUUACGCUAUCAAAGUACUCAACAAACAAGCCAUUAUGAAACGCAAUGAAGUGAAACAUAUCAUGGCUGAGCGAAACGUAUUGCUGAAAAAUAUCAAACAUCCGUUUCUUGUUGGCCUGCAUUACUCAUUCCAGACCCAAGACAAGCUCUAUUUUGUGCUGGAUUACGUAAAUGGAGGAGAGCUGUUCUUUCAUUUACAAAGAGAGCGAUAUUUUCCAGAGCCUCGUGCUAGAUUCUAUGCAGCGGAGAUGGCUAGUGCAAUCGGGUACCUCCAUGGUCUUAAUAUAAUCUACAGGGACUUAAAACCUGAGAAUAUUCUCCUUGAUUCACAAGGUCAUAUAGUGCUCACAGACUUUGGAUUGUGUAAGGAAGAUAUAGAAGGGUUAGGCACGACCUCUACUUUCUGUGGUACGCCUGAAUAUCUCGCCCCGGAAGUCCUGCGCAAACAGGCGUACGAUCGAACCGUAGACUGGUGGUGUCUUGGGGCGGUCCUUUAUGAAAUGAUGUAUGGCUUACCUCCAUUUUAUAGUAGAGAUACGGCUGAAAUGUAUGAUAAUAUUCUUUACAAGCCCCUGCGUCUUAGAACGAACAUUUCCGUGCCAGCCAGGGCUUUAUUAGAAGGACUUUUACAAAAAGAAAAAGGAAUGAGAAUGGGUGCUAAAGACGACUUUAACGAGAUAAAAAACCACGCGUUUUUUCUCAACAUCGAUUGGAAGGAUCUCGAUGAAAGAAAGCUGAGGACUCCAUAUAAUCCAAACGUAGCAGGACAAAUGGACCUAAAACAUUUUGACCCUGAGUUCGUGCGAGAACCAGUACCAGCGUCUGUUGGUAAGUCAACCAACAAUAAUCAGAUUAGUGCGAGCGUAUUAGAGGCUGAUGGGGUUUUUGAAGGCUUCUCAUACGUCCCUCCCGUAUUUGAUCACGAUGACUGACCAUAGUGGAUGCGUAAUAACACUGAUGUGCCAUCAAAACCUUCGGAUCUGAUGUUGAAUUCAGCCAAUAGGAUAUUUACGAAUGGAUCGCGAUCGUUGAUUUUAAAACGCACAGAAAUACUUUGGCGAUGUUCCUAAACAUUUUUAAACAGUUAUGCUUGUUUUCAAAACAGUCAUAAUAUUAUUUGUUUUAUUGUAUUAGAUAUCUAAAUAAAAAAAUAUGCAUGAGAUAAGCUGUGUUUGAAAAUCAUUUUCAAAUUACUAUUACAUGAGUUUGUAGCCAACUACGUGUAGAUCAUUCGAUCAUAUACGAGUGAAAAGAACAUACCACAUACUAGAUUAGUAAAAGUGUACUACUUUUAUCACAAAAAGAUCGAAAUGAACCAAUUUUGUGCUCUCUGCUGUUAUUCGUGACUGUGUACAUUUUCGAUUGCCAGACAGACAGAAUAGUCUGGGAAGGCGG